GCAGACGCCACGCCACACGCCAGCCAAAACCCGCCGCUCCCACGCCCUUCGCGUUCCCCAGAUCGCGAUCCCCCAUUCCCCCCAACAUCUAGGGCUCACGCACGCCUCCCGAAGUCAAAACACACCCGAGCGACCAGGCAUUUCCUCGAACACUUCGCCCUCGCCGCCUCCACCUGCAACAUGGCCGCCGCUGCCACCGCCCUCGCCGCCUUCUCGGCCGCCGCCGGCAAGCGCCUCCUCCUCUCCUCCCCCUCCCCCUCCCGCUCCCUCUCCCUCUCCUUCGCCUCCCGCCGCGGCAGCCUCCCCCUCCGCGCUGGCGUCCUCUCUGCCGCGCCGAGGAGGGCGGCGUCGGCGGCGGCGGCGGCCACCGUCGCGGUCGGGGACAAGCUCCCCGACGCGACGCUCUCCUACUUCGAUUCGCCCGACGGGGAGCUGAAGACGGUGACCGUGCGCGACCUCACCGCCGGGAAGAAGGUGGUCCUCUUCGCGGUACCCGGCGCGUUCACCCCCACCUGCACCCAGAAGCACGUCCCGGGGUACGUCGCCAGGGCCGGGGAGCUCCGCGCCAAGGGGGUCGACACCGUGGCCUGCGUCUCCGUCAACGACGCGUUCGUGAUGCGCGCCUGGAAGGAGAGCCUCGGCGUCCGCGACGAGGUGCUCCUCCUCUCCGACGGCAACGGGGAACUAGCCCGCGCCAUGGGCGUCGAGCUGGACCUCUCCGACAAGCCGGCCGGACUCGGGGUGCGGUCCCGCCGCUACGCGCUCCUGGCGGAGGACGGCGUGGUCAAGGUGCUCAACCUCGAGGAGGGCGGCGCCUUCACCACCAGCAGCGCCGAGGACAUGCUCAAGGCGCUCUGAGCAAAUCACCCUGGAUCGCCACGACUAUUGUUGGGUUGUUUUCAUGCGGGCAGCUUCUACUACUAGUGAACAUGGUGUGCGUUAGUAGGUAAACACAAGGUGGUUGGCAGGUAGCAGCAACUUGGGUUCCUUUGAUGUUGGAAAUGCUGAGGGCUAAAUAAACGCUCUCUGAUAUUAUACUGUCAUCAGAUCAGACUACGGAGCAUGGAGUGCUAAGUAAACACGAGAUUUUGCUCGGUUAAUUGUGGAAUGGUGUGCUUCAGGAUCCUUAAAAGGUUUUUGUUAUGUUUUGAAUUUGACAUGAGUUCACAGUUUGCUGUCGGUUUUAUAUAAAGAAACUUGUGAUGUCGUUAAAAUGGUUAGAGAUUUGGUAAGCCCAGCAGGGGUCAUUUGCCCCUUGGCAUGGAACAAAGGCUCUUCUUUCGUUUGUUGA